CUACUACGUAAUGAUAUAAGCCAAUCAGAGGUAGGAAAUAACGCUUGUUUGAAUCUUUGGCGGUGUUGUCACAGCAAAACAAAAAGAAACUGCGAUGGACACAAAUCUUUCCAGACUUUUAGUUGGGCUUUCUAUUCAGAUCAGUCGUAGUGAUGGUCGAAUCCAUUCAGCCAUCGUUAAAUCCGUUGAUGCCUUCAAGUCUACCGCAAUGGUUGAGUGGCAGGAGAGGAAGAUGAGCCGAGGGAAGGAGAUUGAGAUUAGCGAGUUAUGCCAUUUAAAUCCAGAGCUUUUGGACCAUGUAAAUGCUGCCACCAGAGCUGCUGAACUGCCCUCUGCUGCUCCUGACAAGAAGUAUGAGGGUCGACUUCGCUCAUCCCGUAUCCCUGCUCCUUCCUCCUUCUCUACUCCAUCGGCCCAAAAAAACGAGGAGUCAGUUGCCUUACGGUCUCAGACACGGCAGACAUGUUUGUUCCAGACAGCAGCACCUGUGGUGUCACCAGCGGCAACAAGCAUGGAGUCCUCUCAAGGGAACCCAGAGAUAAUCUGUCCUGAAAUGAACCAAUCAGCACAGCCUACCAGCUCUGCUCCCCCUUUUCAGCUGCGGAGAGGAAAUGAAGCCAAACUACCACAGCCGCUGCCUCCUGUUGAUGAGUCAGUCAAAGAGAAUGAGCCUUCUCUGCCUUCAACAAGAGGCAGAAGGAAAUCUGUGGUUCCUCAAGAAACAAACAAAGGCAACAAAAGGAUUUCCAGUGUCAUGAAGCCCUUUGACAUGCAGCCCAAGAAGGGAAAGUUUGGAGAGUCAUCCCGACCAAAUCAGAAGUUCUAUGAGAUGAUCCAGGAUUUUAGAGAAACCUUGGAAAUAACGCCGAUAACCACUGCUGACCCGAUUGAGCCUCACAAGAUUUGUGUGUGUGUUCGCAAACGGCCUCUAAACAAGCAGGAGUUUAACAAGAAGGAGAUUGAUGUGGUGUCCGUUCCUGGCAAAGGAACAUUACUGGUCCAUGAGCCAAAGCAAAAAGUGGACCUGACCAAGUACUUGGAGAACCAGGUCUUCCACUUUGACUACUCCUUUGAUGAGAAAGCCACCAACGAGCUGGUCUACAAGUUCACAGCCAAACCUUUGGUGCAGUCCAUUUUUCAAGGUUGCAUGGCAACUUGCUUUGCCUAUGGCCAGACUGGAAGUGGCAAGACCCAUACAAUGGGAGGUGACUUCAUGGGAAAGCAGCAGAACAGUGCUAGAGGAAUCUAUGCCUUAGCAGCCCAGGAUGUUUUCACCAAUCUCAACCACAGGAAGUUUGCUAAUCUGGAUCUGUGCAUCUACGUGAGCUUCUUCGAGAUUUAUAAUGGCAAAGUGUAUGAUUUGCUGAACAAGAAGGCCAAGCUGCGUGUGUUGGAGGAUGACCGGCAACAGGUUCAGGUGGUGGGACUGGAGGAGGUCCGUGUGUCCUCAGCAGAAGACGUCAUCAAGAUUAUACAGACAGGAAGCGCAUGCAGAACAUCAGGGCAGACCUCAGCCAACACGAACUCCUCCCGCUCCCACGCCAUCCUCCAGAUUGCCCUGCGGUGCAAUAAUCGUGCUGCCACUUUACACGGCAAAUUCUCAUUGGUCGAUUUGGCGGGAAACGAGCGUGGCACAGACGUCAGCAGCAACGAUCGCAGCACUCUGGUGGAGACGUCCGAGAUCAACCGCAGCCUGUUGGCUCUCAAGGAGUGCAUUCGCUCUCUGGGGAAGAACAGUGAUCACAUUCCUUUUCGGAUGAGUACAUUGACCAAAGUGCUCAGGGAUUCCUUCAUUGGAGAAAAGUCCAGAACCUGCAUGAUUGCCAUGGUGUCUCCAGGCAUGGCCUCAUGCGAGUACACAAUGAAUACACUUCGCUACGCAGACAGAGUGAAGGAGCUGAAUGCCAACUCCAAAGUUGCAGCACAGAAGGGGAAGGAACCAAUAACCAGUUCUUCCGAAGAGGAUUCCUCUGUUGAUACUAGCGUGCUGGACAUCAUAUCUCAGGUUACAGAGUUGGAAGAAAAAGUCUAUGGAGAGCUGAAGAGAGCAACUGAAGUUGUUAAGGAAAUGGACAAAAUCUCAUACAACAUUGAGGAAGGGCUUCCUGAGCUGGUGGAUUACUCCAAGAAGUUAUUGGACUCAGUUCUGGCUCUGCAGUCUGCUGUGACAAAGGAGCGCAUGGCCAGGCUGAACCUCUGAAAAGUCAGAUAUUCCUGCAGAGAGAGAAAUUGUUUUUUUCAGUUGUUUUUAUUGUAAUCCGUAUUUUGUUAAAUAAAAUGCAACACUAACAUUAAAAGGAGAAAAAAAAAAAACAUAAUAAUGGCAUGGUUCUAGAAAAUCUAGAAUUUGCAUUCUUAUGACCUGAUUUGCUGACAUGGUUGUUAUUAUUUACAGAAAACUGAAAGUGCAGCUCUUACACCCUAUUCAAACUACAGCAAAUAUGAUUUUAAGAUUUAUUCUGCAGAAUAUUAAAUAAAAAGCUUUUUACUCCAUGGGUAGAUGUUUAAAAAACAUAGUAUUGUACAUAGUCACUGUCUUCUUUUAGGAUAAAAUGAAAUUAAGCCACUUUAAAGUAAAUGGUAUAAAAAAGAGAUGCUUAAAACAAUGAACCAGCGGUCGUGUCAAGAAACACACCUUACUGUUAAAAUAGUUUACAAUUAAAUUGUAGCUCUGUAACUUUUAAUUAAAUAGCUCAAAUGAUGUUAUAUGUUAAUAUCUAAUUUUAAAUUGCACCUCGACAAGCAAAAAACAUUGCUACCAAGUGUUUUUUGUACUCUUCCUUAAAACGUGACUUGAACUGCACAAGUUGAAGACUUAAUGCCUAGCUCCUAAAUGUACCUCAGUAUUAAAUUGUUGCAAUAAUUGUUGGUGCACUGACAACUCAGGAGAAUGAAGUUAUUGUUGGAACUUUGAGAUUUCUUGGGUCACUUUGUCAAUAAAGAAACAAAACCAAGAACGCCUAAA